GAGGAGGGGAGAGGAGGGGGGAAGUGGAACUCCUGAAAUCUGAAUUCCAAAUGUUUUAGAUGCCAUGAUGAUAUUGGUAUUUACCAAUGAGAUUAUUUCUUCUUAAGAGAUCAAGAAUUUCUCCUGUGAUGAAGUCAGUAGGUCAGAGCAAAGAUCAGCCUGUAUCAGGAGAAACCACAGACAGUACAUUGCUCCAUCCAUAUAUUUCUCAACAUAAAGCUUGGUGUGUUAAUAGAACAAGCCAGACUAUGUUGAUGGGGUUCAUUCAAAAAUGUGAUUUAAGCUCUUUAACUAUCAAGAAGGUGGUAAAGGGUUUUAACAUGAUGGAUAAGUAGGUCAAAAAUUAAUUAGUGUCCUAAGAAUUUUACAGAAAGGCAAGAAAAGGUGAGAUUUGUGAGGUGUUCCUUUUUGCCUCUGUCUAAUGAUAGCAGUUGAUAGUAGGCACAAACAAAAAGCAGGAAAGAAAAAGGAGAAUAACUAAUCAUAUUCAGGGCAAAAACAUCAUUAUGUUUCAUAUUACACUUGAGGAAAACAAGGGAUGACUGGUCACAGGUUUUCUUGCCAUGUUUAAAUGUUGUUCCUUGGCCUGUGUGACCUCAUUCUUAUUUUUUCCUUCUCACAACAGAUACCUCUUUUUAAAGAAGGUUCCUACAAGGAGAAAGUUAUUAUCUGCCGUUGCAGUUGUCCUUGGACUUUUUAUCUCUCUUAUUCCAACUUUCUACCCACAUAUUGAUCCUCGAGCUGUAAGACAUCUUGGAGGAGCUACUGGUGCAGGAAGAGUCUUAUGGCCUUUAGCAUUUAUGCUUGGAUUUGGGAUCUCAGCCCUUUCCUUUGUUAUUGAGGAAAAAGCUAUUAAGUUGCGAGGAAGCAAUCAAACUCAAGCUGGCUUAGUAUCUUUCCUGUUUUGGACAUCACUGGCACAAUUUCUUGUUUUGUUGCCUCUAUUCUGGGUGGAUAUCAUUCCUGAAGUUGGACAGACCGGGAACCUUCAUGAAUUCAUUCAAAAUUGGAUUUUUGGGAUCCAGUGCAUAUUUGGUGGAGUAGGAUGUUCAUGGUCUCCUGGUGUCCUUGCAUUUUUGUUCAUCACUGGUUAUAUUAUGGUUGUCUGUGGUUGUGCAUUGCUUCUCCGAUAUUCAGAGGGAGCAACAUUACUUGCAAUUGUCAUGGCUCUUUGUACACCCCUAGGAUUCAUUUUUUGGAUUUUGUUUCAAGAAAAACCUUUCCGGUGGCAUCCCUACUUUCACACUAGUUCCUGGUUCAAUAUCUCUGCUUUAAUCAUCAUGAUCCCAGCAGUGUUCAUUUACAACACAGGAAUGCCAGAGAUGGAAAGAGAGGAAUUACAGUAACUGCUUCAGAUGAAGACGAUCAAAGCAAAGGUCACUGAAAGAUGAACUUUUAAUUAGUAUUGAUCAUACUGAAAGUUGAUAUGGUUUUUUUAUAUAAUCAUUUGAUAAUUAUCUUUGCUGGUGAAUUUCUUUGUUGUAUGCCUUCUUGUUUCCAUGGUACUGAAUUCAGUUUUCUGUGAAAAUAAUCUUUGAUUUUUAACUUUUGUAAGGUUCCUUUCAAAACUUGUAUGGAAACAAAAAAAUUCCACAAUAGUUAGAACUUUGGAGUGUUCCAUGAUAUAGGGCAAAAAUUG